GCAACACCUUCCAACAGCAUCAGUCGGUUCCAGCUACUCGCAGAAGCACGCAACGCAAAGUAUCCGAUUUAAAUCAAUUCAGAGAUAAGAUCUAAAAAGGAAAUAAUUAAUUAAAUAAAUAAAUAAAUAAAUAAACAUGAGGUUGAACACUGUAAUUCCAAAUUUCGAGGCCCAGACCACUCAGGGUCCCAUAGAAUUUUACAAGUGGCAGGGAAAUUCAUGGGUUGUGCUGUUUUCGCAUCCGGCUGACUUUACGCCCGUCUGUACAACAGAAUUGGGUAGAAUCGCUGUGCAUGCACCAGAAUUUUCUAAAAGGAACGUAAAACUUUUGGCUCACUCAUGUGACGCCCUUCAAGAUCACGUUGACUGGGUAAACGACAUAAAAUCAUACUGCAGAGAUAUUCCCGGUGAUUUUCCGUACCCGAUUAUUUCCGAUCACGACAGAACCCUCGCUGUAAAGCUCGAUAUGAUCGACGAAGAAAACAGAAAAAAUCCAGACUUCGCUCUCACCGUUCGUGCCCUAUACAUCAUCAGCCCCGAUCACAGACUCAGACUUUCUUUCCUCUAUCCAGCAUCCACAGGACGUAACGUCGAUGAAAUUUUGAGGGUCAUAGAUUCCCUACAACUCGUUGAUCGUGUCCCAGAGAUCGCGACCCCAGCCAACUGGGUGCCAGGUGACAAAGUCAUGAUACUGCCAACCGUACCAGAAGAAGAUCUUCCAAAACUAUUCCCAGGCGGUGUCGACAAGGUCACCAUGCCCUCUGGUCAAGUUUACGUCCGCACAACAACCGAUUACUAAUUUUUUCCUUCAAAUUUUCAAUACCGACCAACCACGAGAUAAUCAAGAUGCAAAAUGCCAUAAGACAAAUAUAUAUGUAUAUGCUAUUUUAUAUUCUAAAUAAAUAAACCAAUAUAUCAUACGUA